AAAGCGACGGAGUGAGAAAGAGAAAACAUAUACAACGGAGGUUAUUGCAUCUCGCAGUGUUUAUUUUCGUGAGUCUGUCGUCUUAAAAACGCUACUUAAAAGAGAAUGCAGACAUUUUUAGCUGGCAUAGUCGAGCAAAGGUUUUCCGUUGAUCUCUGUUCAUAAAGGGACUCUCGGCGGGACUGUUUACAAAGUCGUCUUCACCAGCUAAGCUAAUCGCUGUGCACCAACACUCUGAGUAAGUCGGGCUGCUGUUCGCAUAAGCUCCCACCUUCUCUACCUACAAUGGCAGCCCUGCUACAGCGACCCCACGCGGCUGUGCUCUGUUUGUCGAUACUCUACUUGACCGGUGGCAUGUCCAUCCCGGACCCCAAGCAGAGAGAGGCUCUUAUAAAGCAGGAGUCCUCCAUGCAGACAGGUGGGCAGCAGGUGUUGACGGACGCUGAACAGCGUCUGAAUGCUCGCCUGUUAAAAAUGAAACAAGACGAGGUGGAAAGGGAGGAAUUUCCUCCUGCUAUGCACUUCUUCAAGGCCAGGGAACUCAUCAGGAACAGUCCCAUCUUCAAGCUGCUGCAGAAAAUGCCUAAAGGUGGAGCUCUACAUCUCCAUGACUUCUCCAUGGUAGACGUAGAAUGGCUGGUGAAGAACGCAACAUAUCGGCCACAUUGCUAUAUUUGCUUUACUAGCCGGUCCGUCAGAUUCAUCUUCUCGUCUCAGCAACCGAAACCUCUGACAAAUUGCUCUUCUUGGACCCUGCUGGAAAGCCUCAGGGCCAAGACCGUGAACACCACAGAUCUUGACAACAGCAUCAUGGGCAACCUGACGCUCUUCACUGAUAAGGAUCCAGAGGCAGUGUACCCCACUCAGACUGUGGUGUGGAGUAUAUUUGAAGAGACCUUCCAGGCAGCGUAUGGUCUGGUCACUUAUGCUCCUGUGUUCAAAGACUAUUUCUACCAGGGCCUCAGCCAGUUCUACAUGGACAACGUUAUGUAUCUUGAACUUCGCGCUAUACUUCCAGAGAUAUAUGAUUUGGAUGGCCGCACUUAUGACAGAGCCUGGACUUUGAAGACCUGCCAGGACAUCUCGAGGCAAUUUGUAGCAAACCAUCCUGACUUUGUUGGAGUGAGAAUCAUCUUUACUGCCAAAAGGACAAUAAACACUAACACAAUGCUUAAAGUUGUGGAGGAGGCUAUGAAGCUUUACAGAGACUUUCCUGAUAUCAUGGCUGGUUUUGAUCUGGUGGGUUGGGAGGAUGGAGGGCGACCUCUGUGGUAUUACAGAGAUGCCUUGUCGCUCCCUGUGGAGAGAGGGGUCCCACUUCCUUUCUUUUUCCAUGCUGGAGAGACAAAUUCUCAGGGUACAGAAAUAGAUCAGAACAUACUGGAUGCUCUUCUCUUUAAUACGUCACGCAUUGGACAUGGAUUUGCACUAACACGCCAUCCAGUCGCCAAAGAGUGGUCUAGAAAAUAUGGGGUUGCUGUGGAGGUGUGCCCCAUCUCCAACCAGGUGUUGAAGUUGGUCAAAGACUUGCGAAACCAUCCAGCUGCUGCACUGAUGUCUGAAAACCACCCGGUUGUCAUCAGCUCUGAUGACCCCGCCAUAUUUGGUGCGUUUGGCCUCUCUUAUGACUUCUAUGAAGCGUUCGUUGGUUUUGGGGGCAUGCGAUCCCAUGUAGGCUCCCUUAAACAGCUGGCCAUAAACUCUAUCAGGUAUAGUUCUUUGACUCCUGAGCAAAAGGAGAAAGCACUGUCUCUGUGGCAGAGAAGAUGGGAUAAGUUUGUCUCUGAAAAUGCCUUUUAGUAGGAAACGUGUAUUUGAAAAUGACAAACAAUGAUACAAGCAGUCCUUUCUGCUGUGAAAGGGGCCUUUUGUAGGACAGUCGAAGCUGAAUCAUGAGUGUAAAUGUCAAAGACUGCUGAAACCGCCACUGAGCAGGUUUGUGGUAGGCACAAAUAUAGUGUUGUUUCCCACAAUGUUUUGUAAUGAAUGAAAUAAUUAUGUGUCAUAACAUGUCGCCUACUGUGGAAAAAAAAAAAAGCCUUAAAAAAGGUAAAACAGACUCACAAUGCCAUGUUAAAUACAGUAACAGUGUCACACAGCUUUAAGUGAUUGAGAUGCUAACUGCUGUUUUAUUUCUCUCUGUAGUUCUCUCACAUGUUGCAUAUAUUAGCAUUAACAUAAAAAGGUGGCAACAUUAGCCAAAGCACAUCAAACCAGGCAUAUGUAUCAGAUAUAUAAAAUAUAUAUCUGAUAUAUAUAUCACACAAAAUAUAUUUUGUGUGUGUGUUUUAAAUCAUAUGACCAAUGGAACAUUUUUCUUUAAAGAAAGCAUUUUUUUUUAAACAUCUGUAAGAUUUUUUUACUUGAAUAUAAUUUUAACACUUAUGCCUUCAACUGACUAGUAAUUAAUAUUUGCUUAUGGAGGCAAAACUGCGAAAGACUUGAAACACAAAAACUAAUCAUCUUUCAGAGGCUACUUUUUAAAGCAGUAUCUGAAAUUUAAUCAACAUUUUUCAAAUCAUGCAAACAUGAAUGUUCUGAACUACAUUUCACAUAAAAGCAGCUGUUUAUUCACUGUGAUAUUCCGUUUAUUCAUUGUUCUUUUUAUGCAACACCAUCACUGGUAUCAGAGCAGUGCAUCACCCCUCAUCUGCUGCAGGUGUUGAACUUGGAGAAGAAGCUGUCAUCAAUACGUCCUCUUUUAAUGUCUGGUUUCCUUAAAAAUGAAACAUUGUUAAAAACAGUGAGACAAUGUACACUGUGUUAAAUUUAAUAAAAACAAUUUUGCUCAAA